AGAAUAAUAUACCUUCAAUGAGGAGAAAAAAUGAACGGCAGAAGAUCCGAUCUCACUAAAACUAUAAUUCUACAUGUACAAAUUGUGCAAACUUAAAGCGCAGCCUCUCAAAACAUUUAAGUUCUUCUCGACUCUGUUUUCGUCUCUGAGAAGACGAUCGCGUUCGAGGUAAGCUUGCUACAGUUGAGAUAUUAUAGUUACUGUUUGAUUGGCGAGAGAUCAUACAAGGAACGAGGUUUUAGUUGAAAUAUAUAAAUGGCUGUAUUUGGAUUCAAUUUUGUUAAAUGUUUUUAUUCGGAUUUUGUCAUUUGCUUUUAAUUGUUUGAAUGCUGAUUUUGCUUUUAAAUUUGGUUGACUUUUGUGGUAUUUUCUUUAUUCUAAGGGAGUUACUUAAAUAUCUGGAGAAAUUGAAUUGAUGAGAACGUAUAUGUUGAAUUUUGGUUCGAGUUGGAGGAUUGUAUUUUGCUUCCUGAGGAAAUGAAUUUGUCCAAAAUUGAGUCUGCAAAUGAUAAGAGUGAUGGGGAUUUAGAUAAUGGCAAGUUGUUGCGUGAUAUUGAGGCAAUAAGCAAAGCCUUGUACUUUCCAAAAACCAGUACAAAGGCUUUGAUUUCACCAAGUCAAUCUGAAUACAUUGAAAGAAUCCGUUCCACAGAUUCAAAAUCAAAAGAGGACUCUGGAAUCCACGAAACUGUGUUGCACAAGAAUAAGAAAUCAUCAUUAAUCAGGAAUUGGAAGAAGCCACUGAAAGCUUUAGCUCACAUUGGGCAUAACAGGUUCAAUAUAUGUUUCUUUCUCCAUGUGCAUUCAAUUGAUGGUUUGCCAGUGAAUUUCAACGACAUUAGAUUAUGUGUGCUUUGGAAAAUGAAGGAUGAGGUGUUACAAACCCAUCAAUCGAAAGUUGUGCAGGACAUUGCUGAAUUUGAAGAGACUUUGAAGCAUGAAUGUUGGGUUUAUGGUAGUAGAGGCAGGCCUCAUAAUUCAGCAAAAUAUGAAGAGAAGCUUUCUUUGAUUUCGGCUUCUGUAGUUGAGGCUCCAGGAGUUGAUAUAGGGAAGCAUUGGAUUGAUCUCACCAGGCUGCUACCGCUUACUUUGGAAGAGUUGGAGGGAGAGAACAGCUCUGGUAAGUGGACAACAAGCUUCAAGCUUGCAGGCAAGGCUGAGGGUGCAACCCUAAAUGUUAGUUUUGGUUUCUCGUUGAUAAAGGACAGUUUUGUUCAACCAAAGAACAAUAAGAAUGUUUUUGUGACUAGCAAUGAUAAUAACAUGCUAAGAAGGGUUGGAAGCAUUCCUAGUAGCGUAUACCUCAGGCCUGCACUCUCGUCAAUGUCUCUUGAUGCCAAGGUUUAUGAGGAAAUUUCACCAAUUCUGGGGUUGGAACUCUCCAAGUCAAUAAAGUUUCUAUAUGAGAAACUUAAUGAAGCAAACAUGCAAGUUCCUGAAGAGUUUGAUUUAUCAUCUGAACAUGUGGAGCCAACUAAUAAUCAGAAUCUUGAGUCUUCUAAAGAUACUAGUGAAAGUGAGAGUGACAAUGCUGAAUUCGUUGUGAUUGAACAGGGGAUAGAAAUGUCUGAAAAGGAACAGUUGAAAUUGGAACAAGUGGUUGAAAUAAUUAAUCUGGAUGAGAUAAUUGGAGAUGAUAAUAUAGCUGUUGAUGAGAAUGUAGGAUUCAAUCCAAAUGAAGGUAACUCUGCUGGGUGCACAGAUAAAGUGGCUGUGAAUGACAGCCAAGAUAAAGAGAUUACUGUGUCUCACAUUGGAUCAACCAUGGAUGAGUUGGAAUCAGCUUUCAGUGGCCUAUUGAUUUCUCAAGUGGCAGAUUUUGAAUCUGCACUUGAUGGAGAUGAGUUUCUUAAGCAAAAAAACUACAUGGACAUUAAAUCAAAUUACAGAGCUAGUAAAAUGUUAGAGAAAUCACUUAGCUUGGAUGAUGCUACUGAGUCAGUGGCAAGUGAAUUUUUAAAUAUGCUGGGAAUUGAGCAUGCUUCAUUUGGUGUGAGCUCUGAUGGUGAUCCCAGUUCUCCUAGAGAGCAUCUGUUGAGAGAGUUUGAAAAGGAGACUAUGGCUUCAGGCAAUUUCAUUUUAGGUUUUGACACAGAGGAGGAUCAGGGGCAGUCCAGUUGCAUUGCUCCAACUGGAUCUGGUAGCUGGUGUUGUUUCCAGGAUUUUGAUCUCUUUCCAGAUGUGCAUGGUUCUAAAGAUGAGCACAACAGUUCAGAUCGUUUAUUGGAAAAUAGACGGAAGGCCAACAUACUUGAAGACUUGGAAACUGAAUCUUUAAUGAGAGAAUGGGGCUUGAAUGAGAGGGCCUUUCAGAGUUCUCCACACUUUGCUCUGAUGGAUUUGGAAGUCCAGUGGAGCUCUCUCCUAAAUAUUCAUCUGAGUUACCUGCGCUUGGAGAUGGCUUUGGACCUUUUGUUCAAACAAAGGGGGGAGGUUUUCUGA